GUCGACCUGCUCCCACUGUAACACUGACUGUUCUACAGCAGAACCUCAGCUUCUCCCACUACAACAGCAGCAGUGUGACCCACAGCAACGGUACAGUCACCGUCACCACCACAGCUCUGCUGUCAGCUUCCAGCAGCACACAGGUUGGAUGUUCAGUGUCAGUGCUCUUUGCUGCUCCCAGAAAGAAGCUGAUCACUGUUCCUGGAGUUAAAGGAAAAUCUGAUGAUGGUCAAAGAGCAUCAUCUGAUAGUCUAGCAGCUGUGGUCCAAACCCAGCUGAAUGUCUUAGCAGUAGAGGGUGAAGAUGCUCCUCUCAGCUGUCAGCUUCUGGAAACUAAAGAUGUCCAGCAGGUCACCUGGCAGAAGGUCAUUGGGAGCAAAGAGAGGAAUAUCUGCUCCUACAGCGAGUAUUUUGGUCAAACAGUGAAUCCUGACUUUAAAGAUAAAGUCCAGUUUACAGAAGCUGGACUGCAGAAUUCCUCCAUAGUUAUCAGGAAGGUUACAGAGCAGGAUCAAGGAUGUUAUCUCUGUUUGUUCAACAUCUACCCUGAUGGAGCUCUAAGAGGGAGAACCUGCCUGAAUGUUUAUGAGCUGCAUGAACCCAUCCUUGAUGUCAGCAGAUCAAAGUCUCCUGCAGAGUCAGUUGUGUCCUGUUCAGCCACAGAGAUCAUUGAGCGGAAGCAGGAGGGAAAUACAAUUGUGCUGCCCAAUCAGAAAAGCCUCUGCUUCAGUGAUGUAGGAAAGAGGAGUGACUGUUGA